AUGCCUAGAGAUAUCAUAUCGUUGGACGACUUGACGUCAAAUAAUAUGGGGGUGUUCAAAAAGAUAAACGAAGUUAGUUUGCCAACGAGUUAUCCGGAGCAAUGGUAUAAAGAUUCGUUGAACAGCGAUCAAAUCGUAAAGUUGGCCUUUUAUUCGGAAUUACCAGUCGGAGCAGUAAAAGGUAAAGCAAUUAUUACCUCGCACAAGAGUGAUAGCUACGAAUCGAGCCAACAACUGCAAUUACCUUCGGAAUCUAUACCUAAUGCAGUCUAUUUAGAAAGUUUCGCUGUGUUAGAGGCCUACAGGAACUUGGGUAUCGGUGCCAAACUCUUAGAAUAUGUGAUUGCAGAAACCAAAAAGAGAUUCAUGCACGAAGUCAUGUUGCAUGUUCACAUCGAGAAUUCGCAAGCAAUUGAAUGGUACUUGAAACAUGGUUUUGUUAAAAACGGUGACGUAAAGGAUUACUAUAAAGAACAAGGAUUAUCGAAUCCUGAUGCGGUCAUAUUGUCCAUUAAAGUUUAA